GCUGGCGGCGGCAGCGGCGGCGGAGGAGGAGGAGGAGGAGGAGGGGGGAGGCGGGAGCCAGCCCCCGGCCGCGCCGCCGCUGCUGCUGCCGCCCCACAAGAGGAUGAAGAAGCGGAAGGAGCUGAACGCCCUCAUCGGCCUGGCCGCCGACGGCCGCAGGAAGAAGCCCGCCAAGAAGGGCUCGGGCCACCGGCUGCUGCGCACCGAGCCCCCCGCCUCCGACUCCGAGUCCAGCUCCGAGGAGGACGAGUUCGCCGGGGCGCGGGGCCGUUGCGGCAAGGGAGACUAUCUACGAUGCUGCAAAUUCUGUUACCCAUUAUGUGCGUUUGUCAUUCUUGCCGCUUGUGUGAUAGCAUGUGUUGGCUUAGUCUGGAUGCAGGUGGCUCUCAAGGAGGAUCUGGAUGCAAUAAAGGAGAAGUUUCGAACUAUGGAAUCUAAUCAGAAGACAUCAUUCCAAGAAAUUCCUAAACUGAAUGAAGAUUUGGUGCAGAAGCAAAAGCAACUAGAACAAAUUGAGACUGGGGAACUGGGGCUAAAUAAAAUUUGGAUAAAUAUCACAGAGAUCAAUAAACAGAUAUCACUAUUAACCUCAACAGUAAAUCAUCUCAAAAACAACAUAAAGUCUGCUUCUGAUCUGAUUUCUCUUCCUCUCACAGUAGAGAAACUUCAGAAGACUGUAGCAAACAUAGGUAGCACGCUUACCAGUGUUUCUCAUGAUGUUGAAAAUAUACAGACAGCUAUUGAAGAAUACAAGAAAUCCAUAGAAAUACUCCAGAAUGAUGUGAAGGAAUUAAAACAGAUACCUUCACUUCCUUCCACUGUUGUGCCACGGACUGAGAGAAAUCAGACCGAAAAUUGCAAAAAGGUAUUUUUCUCCCUUGCGCGGGGAAUAUUGUUACAAGUAUCACUGGAAAGCCAGUCACUGCAUGCAGCUUUGGAAGAGCUAAAUAAUACUGUAGUGGUGUACCAAAAGUUAAAUGACAUCAAGCUUCUAAAUGUGGAUUCAGCCAUUGGUAACCUUAGCCGGAGGAUUAUGCUGUUAGAAAACUCUCCCCUUGCUGUGAAUAAUCUGGACAAAAGAGAGAACUUGUCUACCAAUCUGGGGAAUGAUGCAACUACCUCUCUAAAAGUAGAAAACGAAGAUCAACUAGAUAAUGAAACUCAUUCAAAUAAAGAACUGAAGGAAACAGGAGCUAGAGAUUCUCAGGUAUCAAAACUAAAAGAGAAGCUUCAGCUGAUCAGUGCUCUCACAGCCAAGCCAGAAAAUGACAAACCCAUUGAGACAUCAAAGAAUGUUGAAAGUAGUCUGAGUACUACAGCAAAGCCCACAGACCUUUCAAGGCUGGCUUCAAGGUCAGCUGAUGACAUCACAGAGAGUAAUGGACAGCUGAGACAUCUGUCCUUACCAGGAAUUUCCAGCAUCAGAGAUCUUCAGAAUUUGUUUGAAAAAGCAACUGAAGAUACUGAUGGAAAACUAUCAUAUGAAGAUCUUCAAAAGCUGCUUGGCUCUACAGCCCAAGAGUCACAGAGCUUUAAGAAAUUUGACACAGAUGGAGAUGAGAAAUACUCAUUACAAGAACUGAGAUUAGCAUUAGGUGUAUAGGAUAUAUAUUUAGAAAUGUGAUAUCAAUGGAUGCUACUGUAGCUAAAGGAAACUACGGGACAUGAAAAACUAUGUCUGCACUUUUCCAGUGUUUUACUGAUCUCUGGAGCUAAAUUACUGUACACAUUGCCACCUCUUUUUUUGUUUGCAUUUAUUGAAAAGAAAUUUACAAAUUUAUAUGUCGAUAGGACAUAAUAUUGGGACUGUUAAAAUCCAGAAAAUUCCCAAAGUUGGAAACAUUUUCCCCUCACUGUUUCCCUUUCAAGGGAGUUCUUGUUUUUAAUUUAAAAUGUGUACAUACUAAAAUAAAACUAUGGUUUUAUAUUUCACUGAAAUUUGCCUUAAAUUAGAGAGCUGCACUUUAUGUAGAGCAGAAGGAAAUCUGUCUUGUAAAGAUGGGCUGCUUCUGCUUGUAAAUAUUUGAGACAGAGUAAAUUAUGCAUAUUUAAGGGGAAGUUUGUCAGGAGAUGUGUUGGUAAUAAGCUGUUUACAAUGAGAGGCUGAGCCUAAAAGGGAUGGUUAAGAGCUUCAGCUAAACUUCUAAUUUUGACUAAGUAUAUCCAUGAAUGAGUUUGGACUCAGUCAGAGGAAAACAGGAGUGGUAAAUCAUGCCCAUCUAUAGCAGGAUUUAUUUUUAGAGGGAAGAGUUGAAAGUGUUUUUAUAUCAUAAGCCUACAGGAGCAAUUACCUACCAAGUGCUUGGGUUUUCACUUCAGCAUUCUUUUAGCUUUGCUGUAUUGCAUCCAGGUUACAUUUUGCGAGAUGAGCCUUUCUGUUUUUCAGAAAAGAAACUAUUGAAUAAUUUUAACAGAUGUUUAAGAGGUAAAAGUCUAUAAUGCAGCCUACUGAGUAGCACCUGAAUAGUUCAUGCCUCGGGUACAAUCAGCAGUGUGCUGAUGGUCUUGGUGACUGGAGAUCUUUUGAACAGGGUUGCUGAUGCUGCUGGUUUCUUCCAUCUACCGUUGUUUGGGUCACUGAUGAAGUGUCCCAAGUAAAGCUUCUGGUCACUAGGAGUGUGAGCGGGUGGAGAAGGCCCGGAGUAGACUUGUGGGCUGUUUCCUGACUAAUGUGAAUGUGAUCACUUCUUGGCACCUUUACCUUUUGUGUUCUUGCCAACAGAAGGAUGUAAAAAGCAGCAUAAGAGUAUGCAAUUGCAUUGGCGUUCUCUACUGAUGCUUUUUAAGUGAGGUUUCCUUACUAGAGAGGAGCUUAAAGGUUUGUUUAUACCAGUGGAUCUAAACACAGACUGUGUUUAUAACCUUCUGGAACAUAGAAAAUCACUUUUGCAGAAGGAAUUCUCUUGCAGGCUAGAUCAGGGCCAAGUUGGAUGAUUUUGCUCACAAAUAUCACUGAUCUUGUUGAGAGUUUUUUGCAUGAUUAGUGAAUUGAAGUUGCCCACCUUGCUGAAACAUCAAUUUAUGUGGAAGUCUGUUUGUAAUUGUUGACUUUAGACUGGAUGUUUUAUGAAUGAUUGUAUUCUGGGAGUAUGAAUCAGUGAAGGAAUGUACAAAAUGGAACCCUGUUACCCACUGCCUAGGCUUCUUUCACUGUUGCUCUUCUAUCCUGUUUGGGUAAUGCAGACGUGACCCAAUAGGGAAAUGCUUUUGAUGUGAUGUUUGAAAACACAGUAUUUUAAAAACAAAACAAAACCAACCAACCUUGGCUUUUAAGAGGACAAGAAGCCAAGAUUUGCUUCUUGCCACUUCCCAUGCCCUUUUAUACACUACUGUAUAAUUCCUUAACCAAAUAAAAAAAAAACCUAGCAAUAAAAUGUAACCAUUCUGGUAUUUUAUUUGUACAUACUGUAUCAUAGCCGUAUGCCAGAGUUUGCAAAAUAUUUUUGGAAGUUUGAUUUGUAUGGAAUUCAACUUACCUUUAAAUUUAAGGGAUUAUUGUAUCGCCAUGUGAAUCUAUUAGUGUUUUGUUUUGUUGCAGUCUGCUUUACUUCUAGAAGGCUCUUCAACAGCAGUAGUGAAACUGCCAGCUAGAGACAGCGUGUGCUGCUCCAGCCACCCGUGUCCUCUGCCUGUGGCCAAGGAGCCGAGCUGGUCAGUAAUCGGCACGGGCACAGCUGUCCAGGGGUGCUGCUUAAUUUGCAUGUCAAGCGCAUAGCCGAUCGCUAAUUGCUGUAGUCACUGCCGUUGUAGGAUGGACUCGUGCUAUCAAUUUAACAAAAUCCGAUCAUUCCCGAGUACAGCGGUCGCUUUUGUUUGGCCUAGGGUAGCCGGUAGCGCUGCGCCGCUGGUCUCCAUCCCGCCCGCUUUCCAAAGCCCCGGUGCUGGGUGUCGUAGGCUUCCUCCCCCGUGUUUUAAUCACGCUGCAGAUGGUAGAGGGCAUAAAAGCCGUGGGUGUAAUAAGUAACCCUGGUGCGGACGUGCUCUCAGCUGUGGCUCGUGCCUACGGACGGCGGGUUUCCAGAGGGGCUGUUGAAACCCGGGCUGAGGGGUCUGCGGGCCGCUUCGGGUGGCCAGUCCUGGAGGGAAGAGCCAUGUCUGAAGGAAUGGAAGGGCGAGAGUGAGGAGUCGGGGCUGUAGUGGGAACGGAGCGAUGCGCCGCUGGCACUUGCUGUUACGCCGUGAAUUCUUGUGUUCGUUUUCAGGCUGUGUUUGUGGUUUUUUAGGGUGACGCCUGUGUAGGGACCGCCGUGUAUCUUUCAGUGCAGUUACUGGCCUUUACAGGGAGCGAAGCCGCGCCGUGCUGGGCGUGCCUCGUGCUUCUCUGCUCCGCUGGCUUUGAGCGACGGCACGCCACGGUUUUUAUCAUGUAACGCGACUUUUAAUUUAUCUCAAUAAAAGUUGGUUUUCGG